UAUAUGAAAGUUAUAAAAGCCGUAGUGCAUGACAUAGAAGCCUUAAAAUUGAAACAACUCCUUUCGAUAAUGGCACUGAAAUCAGCAAUCUCAGCCAGAUUCUUAUGCUUAGUCUUGUUACCACUAGCAAAUGGUUUUGAUGCAGGCAAAGUUGCAAUCUACUGGGGCCAGAAUGACAGAGAGGGAACACUGGUGGAGGCUUGUGCCACAGGGAAAUAUGAUUAUGUGAUCAUAGCCUUUUUGCCAACCUUUGUGAAUGGCCAAACCCCAACAAUUAAUCUUGCUGGUCAUUGUGACCCUUCAUAUGGUAAUGGUUGCACUGGCUUAAGCUCUGACAUUGAGUCAUGUCAAGCCAUAGGCAUCAAGGUAUUGCUGUCCUUGGGUGAAGGUAGAGAAAGCAACUCAAUUGCAUCCACUGAGGAUGCAAGUGAAGUAGCCUCAUACCUUUGGAACAACUUCUUGGGGGGAAAUUCAUCAACUCGCCCUCUUGGCCCUGCUGUUCUUGAUGGCAUUGACUUUGACAUUGGAAGUGGAUCAAACAAACACUGGCGUGAUCUUGCCAUGUUCCUUAAAGGGUAUGGCAUGGCCAACCAAAGCCAGAAUGUGUGCAUAACUGUAGCACCUCAGUGCCCUUUUCCUGACCCUUGGAUAGGAACUGCUCUCACACAAGGCCUUUUUGACUUUGUUUGGUUCCCAAUUAUACAAUAACCCUCCUUGCCAAUAUAAACUUUUGGUGAAAUUAGUAACCUUGAAUAUGCAUGUAAAGUGUAAACAAUAGACCACAAGUAUCCCUGCCAACAAGAUACUCUUGUGGUUAGUUACCUAUCCUGUUAGAAGUUAAUAGUUUUAUAAAUAAGAGAUCAUUGUGCACAGUUUUACUUCUUUUAAUCAAUCAAUAUGUUACCUUCUGAGUAUAUUCUUUAUUUGGCCUAUGCUUUUAAUGUUUAUAUCCCUCUCAUCCUCUAAUUACCAACAGUGGCUUCAUAUUCCUGAUGCUGAUCUUACCUCCAAAGUGCUUCCAGCCAUUAAGGUGUUAAGUUGUGGUCAAUGUAUUAAGAGUGGUUACAGUUCCUCUAUUAAGAGCUAUGUUUAAAAUCCAAUAAUUCUUGUUACUCACUUUUUUUCUUUUCGUCCCUAGAGUAUCUACCGUCGAUAGCAGUGACUAAUCUCCUUGUUAGGUUCUCCAAGAUUUAACGCGGCGAAAAUAUGAAUGUCAGCGAAAUGAAAAUAUUCUUGUUACUCACUUAUGAAUUAUAUAUGAAUUGACGUAUGAAAUAU